AUGUUUAUAAGUAGGACGGAUUACCUGAUGAGCUACCGCGGUCGGAAGCCUCUUGGUGGUACAGCGGGAGUGGCCGGCGCCGGAGUUCCCGGCGUGGCUGCCGCAGCAUCGCCCAGCCCUGCUCCUCAAGCCCCGGCAGCACCCAGCCCUGCCCCGGCCACCACACCAGCUAUGAAGCAGGAACAUCCUAGCCAGCCCAUGGCACCAAUGCCGUUCUACGCUGGAGAUCCGAACCGUUUCCCGACCGCCUGGCAGACGGAUCCGUCUCAAGGUUGGCAGAAUCAGUUCAUUCAACAACUCCCUACACAGACAGGUCAGACGACACUAGACUACCAGGGUAACCAUACAGCGUAUGCUACUUCACCCCACUACCAAGCCAACACCACGUACACCGUCCAGAAUGUUGCCACCGCCUUUGAUGCCAGUAACAACACGUACUACCAGGCUGGCAUCCAGUCUGUGCCGGCUCAGAGGCCCCCCUCAAACCGCGGAGCAUACACUCCGGUACCAUCGCCUAGAGCACCUCAUUAUGCUGCAGAGUACCAACAGCAAUAUGCUCAAGCAGCAACACCUGGCACUACAUCAGGCAACGAUUCCCGACCAGCGUCGGCCGCCUCAUACCAAAAUUCAGUACCUACAACAGCGGCAGCUGGAUACAAUGUGAGCCAACAAACUUAUGAGCGCACUGAAUACUCGCAAGAACACCAAGACGAAUAUUCUAACCCAGAAAACGGGUCGGGAGAUACCAGCAAUGAAGGUGAGAGACAAGAACAAAACACGCCUAAUGGACAGCAUUCGGGAAACGCCGAGCCUGGAUACCUGCAGGGGAGCAACGGUCCGCGAGCUUCACUCGAUUGUAGCGGGUAUUCGGGCGGCUAUAAUAGCGGACAGUACAGGGAGAAUGGGCAGUCACAAAAUCAGAACGAAUGGCAACAACAUCAGUGGCAGCAUAACCAAAGAUUACAAAACCAACAGAUGCAAUCUCAGCAACAACAGUUGCAAAAUCAGCAGCAACAACAACAACAACAACAACAACAGCAGCAGCAGCAACAGCAACAACAACUGCAGAACCAGCAGAUGCAAAAUCAACAACAGCAACUACAAAAUCAACAGCUGCAAAAUCAAUUGCAAAACCAACAAAUGCAGAACCAACAAAUGCAGAGGCAAGAAGAUGAGCAACAGAUGUUCUCACAAUCAGACAGGGUGAAUUUGAACUCGAGACUGAAAACGAUGAUAUUAAACAAACAGAACCACACCCGAGACGGCACUAACACUCCGCCAGACAAAGGGGACCCGGGAGAAGGGCCGCCUCGAGUGAUUGACGAUAGAAAGACCGGUGCCAUCACCGUGAAUGACGAUAGAAAUACUACCGGUCAUUUUUUAUCGUAUAGCCACCAUCUCCGAGAUAAUUACCGCUUAGGCGAGCAGGCGUAUCCUAUCGCUGGUAAUUAUACACAAAACGCCCAAACUUUUGGUACGGGCGAGUUCGGAGGUGGUGGCCACCACGUAUGGGAGGGGGGGACGGAAGUCCCGAGGAAUUUUGAUAAACAUGCUUCGACUAAGAACGUAACUAAAACUCCUCAAAAGUUACCGUCUUAUGCGGACAUGAGAGGUCAAUACGGUACAUACUCAAACGUACCUUAUGAAGCGCAAAAGUAUGCAGAAAUUUAUAAUAAUGAUAGUUUAAGUUUUAAUCAACAAGAUAGUAAGGAUUUUCAAUCAAAAAUGCUUAUUGGACCAGUAUCAGAAAUGAACCAACAAAACUGCAACCCGUCUAGGGACACUAACGCACAAAGAAGAGCUUACGAGACUAGGGAAGCGUAUGACGACAAAUUUAGACAUCCUUCAGCACCUUUAAUUCCAAAACUGGAAGUGCCUGACACUUAUCAAUAUCAUAAAGAUGACAGAUUAUUGAAAAAUGAUCCACAGAGGUUAAUUAACCAAAAUUCAUAUCUAAAACCAAAUGAAGUGCCUGUCAACAACAAUUUUAGAGAGUUCCCAAAUGGAGCACCGAGGUCACAACAAAACACUGUGCUGCCGCCGAUAUCGACAAUAAAGCAAGAGAACUUCGGUCAAAAGCCACAACCUUAUCAACACUUUCAAAAUUUUCCAUAUGGGGAGCCCAUGAGACGUACAGAGCCGGCUGAAACAUAUGCACAAAUACCACGAAUGCAGGAAAACAUGGGCUUCCAAAAAUAUAAUCGAAAUUUCCCUGACCCCAAAGUAAAAGAACCUGAGAAAGUUAUUGAUAGGACCUCUUCGGUUGAUCCAAAGCCUCCUUAUUAUAUAGAACAAAUCAAGUCGGAGCACUCUCCACCGGGACACAAAAUUUACAAGAAUCUACCAUACAACCAGCCACCGCGGAACGAUCCAUAUCUGUUCCCAGGGGACGGUGGCCCUGCAGUCAUAAGAAAUGAAGUCGGGUACUCAUGCUGUCGGCAAGGUUCGACAAAGAAACCUCCACCAGAACAUUUAAGGGAUGGUGCUUGUCCCGGUCUGCAGACCAAAGAUGAAGUUUUAGAAGACGAUCCUGAAGCAACAGAUAAAGCGGACUCAAAAAAUGGAUCUAAACCUAGUACACCAGUUCCAGACUUGAACAAACCUAAGGAGAACCAAUUUAACUACUCCAAAGAAUACCUCGAUAACUUAGAAAGGUUGCGAAAUAAUUCUAGAACAGAAGUUCCCGAUUGCAAUUGUUUUCCUGCUGAUAAAAAUCCUCCGGAACCUGGCAGUUACUACACUCAUUUAGGUGCUGCAUCAACUUUGGCAGAAUUGAGAAAAGAAUUAGAAGCUCGAACUGGUUUGUCAGGGAAAGAGUUGAGGAUAGAGAAAAUCUGUUAUACUGGGAAGGAAGGGAAAUCGGCACAGGGCUGUCCGAUGGCUAAGUGGGUUAUAAGACGAGCAAACUACACAGAAAAGGUUUUAGUAGUAGUAAAGUUCCGUAAUGGACACAAAUGUGCCACAUCCUGGAUUGUCGUGUGCCUUGUCGCCUGGGAAGGUAUCCCCCAGUCGGAAGCUGACCUGGACUACACCCUAUUAUCACACAAGUUGAAUCGAUAUGGUCUUCCCACUACAAGGCGAUGUGCCACUAAUGAGAAUAGGACUUGUGCUUGUCAAGGCCUAGAUCCUGAGACCUGCGGUGCCUCUUAUAGCUUCGGUUGUUCCUGGUCGAUGUACUACAAUGGAUGCAAAUACGCCCGUUCAAAAACAGUUCGCAAAUUCCGCCUCUCUGUGAAGACGGAGGAGAGCGAGAUAGAAGAACGCAUCCACGUGCUAGCGACAUUACUCAGCCCGUUGUACAUGAACCUUGCACCGAAAGCCUUUGAGAACCAAAUACAGUUUGAAAAGGAGGCAUCUGACUGCAGACUUGGCUUCAAACCUGGACGACCAUUUUCUGGUGUAACAGCAUGUAUCGACUUCUGUGCCCAUGCUCACCGUGACCUCCACAACAUGAACAACGGCUGCACUGCUGUAGUUACUCUUGCCAAGCACCGGUCCCUGACCAGACCACCUGAUGAACAGCUUCACGUACUCCCACUCUAUGUCUUGGACACGACUGAUGAGUUCGGCUCUAAAGAUGGACAGGAUGAGAAAGUCAAGAGCGGAGCCCUUGAGAUUCUCGACAAAUAUCCUAUGGAAGUGCGUGUUCGAUCAGUUCCUCUGCAGCCAUGUCGUCGCCAUGGGAAAAAGCGAAAAGACGACGAGAAUGCAGAAUCAAACACUUCCAACAACAGCAACAACUCGCAGAGUCCGGGAAAUAAUCAAAAGAAGACUCAGCAGUCUCCAGCUCCGAGGACUCCACAGCCUGCAGACGCUAGGAAUAACGCUAGUCCUCGAAGUCAGAGUAGCGCGUCUCCCAGGGCCAUAACGCCAGCUCUCAACCAAUCGAAUCCCUCGGCGUUUACAAAUAACUCUCACUACAACUCCGCAUUUGUAAAUCCAAAUAUGCAACACCAAAAUCCAGGACUCAUCAACCCUAACCUGGGCAACCCAGCGCUGUUGGACAUGGCAACUAUGAUAGACAAUUUUACAGACGCACAACUGCAAAGCAACCAGAUUUCCAGUACCGUUCUAGAUUCGCCAUAUAAUCCUUACGAUCAGAGUUAUAAUUUGCACCAUCAGAAUGCUAUAUACAAUCCAAACCAUGUCUCUCCGAUAGUAGAAGGUGCACAAAUUCAGAAUCAUCAGAAUCCAAACCCCAACCCGAACCCUAAUCAGCUCCCAAGUUUUGCUGCUGGAUUACAAAAGAGAGAACAACAGUUUCCAAACCAAAUGGCUCCUCAAAAUCAGUGGCCAGAUUUCGGAAACACAGAGCUAUUUAACAAUGUCGUUAAGGAAGAUCCAGAUUCCACUACAGCUCACUUAAAUGUUCCUCCUAAUAAUUACAGUCCAGAUUCUAGUAGAAGUGAAACGAAUUCAGAUUCGCUUUUACCAAAAGUAACUCCAGAGCCAGAGAAACAGAAUUUAAUCGGGGAUAUCACAAACAAAAUGCCGGAAUUUGACAUGCCCAGUUCGCCACGGUUGACAGAGAUAUCACAAAAUUCGCAGAGCACACCUGCUUCUCCUGCGCCGUCCCAAAUCCCAGAGUUAAAGUCGCCAAAUAAUGAUCUUAUGAAAACAGAUGGACGACAAAGUGUGUGGAAGUCACCAGACUCCAAGAAUUGGGACCCAAAAGCCAAAGAACAGCCGAUAGCUGAAAAUGAGAAUUCUUUGUUUAGAGUCCCGAAAGCUAGACCACCAUCGAGAUCACAGCAUACUAAUCCACCUGAAGCUAUCGAGAACUCAACUUUCUUGAAACCAUAUCCACCCUCAGACAGACCUCACCUAAGCCAGGGUUACGAGCACAGGAGUCCAUACGACAGUCGAUUAAACAAUGCUGCGCCACAAACCUCAACUGCGCAAAACAAUUUCACUAUCAAUCAUGAUGAACAGAACAUGCAAGUAGCUGCGAACAAACCAGUUGCAGAAUUCCCAGGAAACAAUUUCCACGCAGUGAAUCAAAACUCCUAUGGGAAUCAGGCGCAGAUACAAAGUUACGGCAAUUAUCCACAGGUUGCAAAUGCCUACUCAUUCCCACCAAACCCUUACGGUCAUUUUAAUCCCUACGAAAACACAUACAACGAUUACAACAGCUUAGCCUAUUACAACGCUGAGAAAUACAAGAGAGAAGAGCUACUUAGAAACCCGCAUUGCUACAAUUCUUACGGCUAUCAGUACAAUCCCAAUUUUGCACCAAACUUUUACCAAAACCCAAGUCCAAAUUGGUGUCAGUCAUCACCGAACUGGUGCAUAUAUCCGCCACCAUUUUCUAUCCCCUACCCGCCUGAGCCACCUAAAGCUGAACCAAUUGGAGAGGUAACAGAAUUCACUGAAAACCUCGACUGUUUUAAAGAUAGUCAAAUGGGUGGUGUGGCUAUAGCACUGGGUCACGGAAGCGUUCUUUUCGAAUGCGCUAAGCAUGAGAUGCACUCUACAACGGCUGUAAAGAGCCCGAACAGAGUCAAUCCGACAAGAAUAUCUCUAGUAUUUUACCAACAUAGAAACCUUAAUCGUCCCAAACAUGGUCUUGAAGAAUGGGAAGAAAAGAUGAGGCUUAAGAAACUGGGACUGAAUCCACCGACACCUGGUACGCCAGGACCAAAUUCAAAUUCGGUGUCGCCGGCCACUACACCCGGGCCCGAGCGGCAGCCGGGUGGACCUGAGAAGUGGAAGAGCGGGCCCUCGGAUGCAAUCCCAGGGGGGUUCGCUUCGCUGUCGGCGCUAGUGGAAGCCACGGCAGCCGCGCGGCGCAGCGGGCAGGUGUUAUUGCGCGCCGACACCCAGACGACGAUGUCGUGGACCACGCUGUUCCCGAUGCACCCGUGCACGGUGACGGGCCCCUACCAGGAGUCCAGCACCUGACGCAAGCUCGCGCCUUCCCGCGCGACAACUAACACGAGGCGCUCCGACGUCCCUUCCCUAGCUAUGUAAGCUCUGUGUUGCCUUUCGAUUUUAGAAGUUUCUAAUCGUCGAUUAGAGCCAUUGUGCUUUCCAAUAUAUUUUGUAGUUCCUCGACUUAUGAUAAGUAUUAAGUGCGGCGCGGCUCUGGUCCGGCGUGCUGCCAAAUUGAAAAUCCAGCGAUUCCUUUUAUGCAUUUAAAGAAUUGGAAUUGAGUACCGUUUGUAAUUGAAAUAUUUUUUAAAACGUAUACCGAGUGAGUUUUAAUCAAAGAUGUAAGUUUAAGUUUUAAUUUUAAAUAGUGUUUAUCGCAUUUCAGCUAGUCUUACGUUACGUUAGAAUCGAUUGUAUUUUGUCAAAGUGACCGUAAUCGUGUAGAUUUUUUUUGUAUAUUCUUGUCGUAUUUAAGUUGACGAUCGUUGACCCGACCACUGAGCGGUUAGUUUAAUUUAAACAGACUAUUGCUGUAUAGAAUAGUGACGUAAUGUAUGUUUUGUCUGCAUAUUUUGUCGAUGUUUUUCUAAUUAAGCGCAUAAUCGAAAGUUUUGUGCGACACAAUGAUCUCAUAAACUACUAACCCUACAUUAUGUAACGUUUAUCAGAACAAAAGUACAAAACAGUAGGACACACAUUCGGCGGUCGUGGUUACACAUAAUUUUGUACCUUUGUCUGUCAAUUAGUUGUUUUAUUUAAUUUGUAAUGUUUAUUACCAUUCCUGUAAUUCUGAACAUUUGUUUUGGCUUAUAAUUUAAUUAACGCGGUUCGGCCGCUAGUAUUUUACCACAAAGAUACGAGUGCUUUUCUAUUAGGUUAAGUCGUGUGUAUUUUUAACUUUUUAGAAUAUUUAACUUAUUUAUAUUGUAUUACGUGAACCAUUAUCGUAUCAUUUUCUUUGUAAUAAUUUAGUGUUACUGUAGACUUUAAUAUUUAAUAUAUUUGCUUUAUGGCUCGAUCAUUAAAUUAUUACAGGUUGUUUUAUGCAUGUUUCAAGGUCGCCUUCUUUAUUUGUCAAAUCGAGUGCCUGUAUUUUUGGCUAUAAAUAUUAAUUGAUAUUAUAAAGAAUCUGAUUUACGAAUAUAUUAUGAAUUGUGACCUUAUUGUUUAAGAACUGCGAUUGCAUUAUACGAACAUUCUUCUAACUUAGUGACGAUAAAAAUUUAUAAAAUUAGAGAGCAUACAAUAAAAUAAAAGAUGAAUAAUAAAUUACUAUGUAUAAGAUAGAGUAUUGCAAGGUUAAAAAAUCAAUUUUCAGGCGCUUGGAAGAUUAUAAAGUAGGCAUAUAAUUGAAAAUGAAUGAAACCAUACUGAUGAAUAGUUAUUAAUAUAUAAUUAGAAGUAAGGAAAGUUUGUUUUAAAGAUUAAACUAUUGAUAUAGUUUAUAUUUUUUACGUGUACGUAUUUAUUGAAUGGUAAAUUUAUUGGGACGAACGUGAAAAUUAUUUAUAGGUAACAAGUUUUGGAUAAGACAAAACUUAUAAAAACUAAGCAAUAAUAGACAUCGGGGUCUAUGUACAUUGUAACGUAGGAAUGAAAAAAUAUUAAAAUAAACGAAUGGUGCGAUAUUGUCGACGGUCUUAUGGUGAAGCUUGACCUUUGAUAACUUACCGAGAUAUGCCUAAAAUUGUAUUCGGAUAUUAUUUGUGUAUUGCAUUGGUAACAUGCCCUGUUAUUCUUGCCAUUUUACUAGUUGCCAAUCGAAGUGUCUCUUCAAUUUUUCAAUACAUUGUGCGACAAGACAUAUCAAAAGCAAUCACAGUAUUUUUAAAUCAUAUACUCGUACACACAAGGAACAGUGCAGUUUGAUCAUUUUUAAAACUUUAUGACGAAAUUUUGACACCAAAAAUAAAGUAAAAUUUUAAAUUGUUGAAUGAACUUCAUUUGUAAGUAAAUUGUAUCAUUUAGGUCACAUUAGAAGCCUGUGAUAUACAUUAACUCGCGAGUGAAUGCUUGUAUGUCUGUCUGUCUAUCAGUGUGACUGACAUGUUUGACGUUUGAAGCAAAUUUGUUGCUAGACGCGAAAAUCUUUUCAAAACCAAAAACGACCAGUAUUGUCAGAUUGUAACCAAAAAUGUGUUUUUUUUUAUUAUGUUAUUCUUAUGAUGUGGGAAUGGGUUUAUUACCAAUGUCGUUGUAAGAAGGUUGUGGCUAACGCGCCCGCCAUUUUGUGUUAGGCGAACUUAUUGUGUAACAAUAUUUUUAUUGUCUUCUGCCAAAACAAAAGAGUAAUCGAAUGUGUCAUGUAAAUAGAACUACCAUUAUUUAUUAAUACAAUUAAUUUAAAAAAAA